AUGGCCGCCACUCAAGUUCGCGUACAGUGUUUACCACCUGUCCUCCAGAGCGUACCCGCAGCAGGCAAUAGUGCCAACAUGACUGCAGACAAAAAGCACUUUACGUCGAAGCGAUUUGCAGAUGCGCCAAUCUCAGCGCUAUCCAAGGCGGGAAUUAGACAUGAGUUUCUUACCGAUGUCCAAGAUGCGACACUAGAGGCGGGUCUUCAUGCAUUGUCGGGCAUAGAUCUCCUCGUGCAGGCUAAGACUGGAACUGGCAAAACUACGGCGUUUCUCCUCCCCGCCAUCGAGCGGCUCGCCUCCUCCCGAUCAACAUCCUCCGAUGUGGGCAAGAUUCUUGUUAUCGCGCCCACACGGGAGCUCGCACUUCAAAUUGAGGAAGAGGCCAAGUCUCUCCUCGUGCACCACCCAUACGGCGUGCAAUCUGUUAUCGGAGGCACCAACAUAAAUUCCGAAAAAAACCGCCUUAACUCUCCCACUGCUCGUGCUGACAUCCUAAUUGCCACACCCGGUCGGCUCCUUGACCACCUCACUUCGGGGCUCACCCUCCGCCCAAGUGUGCUCAUUCUGGACGAGGCAGACAGGCUGCUUGACCAAGGGUUUCGCAAGGAUUUGGAGCGCAUCGUACAAUUCUUGCCUGAUAGAUGGGGAACAACACGGCAAUGCAUGCUGUUUUCUGCGACUUUUGAUAAGGCAAUCCAGGAGGUGAUUAAGUUUUAUGUGCGGGAAAAACGAACACUGAUCAUUUGGGCGAGUAGAUUGCCAAACUUUACCUGGAUCCUGAAUUAUAAAUUUGUGUCCACGCUACACGAGGAUGAAAUCAAUACGCAUGAGCAUGUUCCCCAGAGUUAUCUCAUCACACCCCUUGAAGACACCCUUCCGACACUCGUUUCCCUCCUCAAGCAGGCAGGCCCACAAGCAAAGACGAUGCUAUUCUGUACAACGGCACGUGGGACGGCCGUUGUUGCGAGUAUUUUGCAACAAGUGUCUGCUUCCAAAAUGUCUAUGCUUCCCCCAAUCUACCAGAUCCAAAGUCGUAUGACACAGGUUGCACGUACACGUGCCGCACAGGAGUUCCGCGAUGCCCCGGAAGGUGCAAUUUUGGUUUCAAGUGAUGUCACUGCAAGAGGCAUGGAUUUUCCUGGUGUAACACACAUCAUUCAACUUUCCCUCCCCACCUCACCCGCACAGUACAUCCACCGCCUCGGCCGAACUGCGCGCGCAGGGGCUGGCGGCGAAGGCAUAUUGAUUCUCAUGCCCGACGAGCAAUUCUUCUUGCGACUCCCUGAGAUCGCCUCGCUUCCGCUAACGCCCUUCACACAGCUUGAAGAUAUUGGCAAUUUGAAAUUUAAGCUAGAUGAACGCGCCAUUUCCCAAGCAUAUUCUGCUUGGCUUGGGUUCUACAAGUCCUGGAUUAAGCAACUGCGGUGGACGCCUACGGAGCUGGUAAAACAGGGCGCUGUAUGGGCUCAGUGCUUGGGGUGGCCGAGUGUGAUGGCGAUUGGCGGUGGGUCUGGUACUUCUGGUGGAACCACGGCACCAAGAGUUACAAGGGGUGGAAAUGAAGUGGUGACGUGGAUCCCGCCACCUAUCGCCAAGCGCACAGUGGGGAUGAUGGGUUUGCGGGGAACGCCGGGCCUGAAUGUGGUGGAUCGCCUGGACGAUGCGGGUGACGCCUCAGCUCGGAAUGCGGGAGGGGGACGCGGACGAGGACGCGGACAACCGAAAGCUGUUAAACCGCACACAGUUGCAGAAGGAGAGAGUGGUAAUGCGACUGUGCGGACACAACCAAAAUUCAAGGGAAGGGGCAAGGCCAAGGCGAAAGCAGGGCAAUAG